ACAGCAUUGCCAUCCGGUAACACUGGCUGCGCGUAAAAAAUAUUUUGUAGCUUUUUAAUUACAAAAACUUUAAUUAACAAUUGAUAAAAUAAAAAGUCGAAAAAAUAGAAGAACCAGUCUAAUGGCAGUGAGCACGGAAAUGCGCGGGUCGAAGGGCAGCAAAGGUCACAACGCCGAAGUAGAGCAACUGCAGCUGUAACUGUAACCGUUAACCCUGGGCAGGGCGCGGGGGCAGGGUGGCAUUGCUGGUAGGGGUAGGGGCGGACGCAGCGGAAGAGGAAGAGAGGUGGGGACGCCAAGCGGAAGAGGAAGAGCACAUCUUGAGUUCCGGAGUCCAGCGAAAUGGAGCCACCAGCUGCUCCGGUGGCCCUAAAGCCCUUGGCAGCAUCUUCGUCAUGCCUGGCGGACAGGAGCCCAGUGGAUCCCAUUGCAGCCAGGUCGCAGGAGGAGGAGGAGGAGGAAGAAGAGGAGGAGGAGGAGGAAGACGAUGAGGACGAGGAGGAUGAUCCCAAGGAGGAGGAGGCCUUCUACGAGGCGCGCAACGGCAACGAAAGCGAUGAACUAGAACAGGCCUUCCAGAGUGCCCUCACCCUGACCAACGAUGUCCAGGUGAGUGUCAGCGAGGCGGAGGAACAAGAGCAGCAGCAGGAUCAGGAGCAGCCAUUGUCAUCAGGGAACCAAGAAACGGAGGAGCAGCUGGGGGCCUGCGCACUGGCCAGCCCACCAAGUGAAGCAUCGCCCAAAGAGGAGAAACCCCCAGAGUUCAGGGAGCCCAAGGAACCCCGCCACCAGACCCUGCUCUCCACCAAAUCCUGCGAGACGCCGGCCAACAAUGCCACGCUCUCGCCCACCAACUCCUACAACGGCAGCAUCGGCAGCGAUGGUGGCAGCAGCGUGGGUGGUGGUGCCCGUCGCAAGUCCUGGACUCUGUCGCCCCAAAGCGGUGGCUCCACGCCCCUCAGCGGCGCCAAGAAGAAGACCAAGGCGGGUGCUUCGCCCGCCACCACAUUGUCGAAUGCCAAUGGAGACGGUUUUAAUCUGUGGGUGGCUCGCGAAUGCUUCGAAACCGUGCCCGCCGAGAUGGUGGAUACCCUGAGCAUGGCUGAAGUGGAUGAGGAGGUCGAGGAGGAGGAGGACGAGGAGGCGGCUGCUGUGGAGAGUCUGCUGGGGGCAGCCGCUGCCCUUCAGGCCAGUACCCAUGUGCAGCGCCGUCAACAGCAACAACAGCAACAGAAGCAGCAGCAACAGCAACAGCAACACCAUCAUCAUCUCCGGCAGCCCUCGCCACCGCAGCAUCGCCCGUUGGAGCGCUCCUGGCCGCCGCGGGCCGUUGGUCGGGAUCUCAAGCUGCAGGGCGAUGUCUUCCAGUUCGACAUCCUGGACACGGACGAGCGACUGACCGAGGAAAUGCCCCAGGGCAGUGGCAGUUCUAAUAACUCACCCCUGGCCACGCCACCCGUGCGAUUCAAGCCGCUGCUGAAGAAAAAGAUCGGUCCGGACAGCUACAUCAACACGAUCAGCACACAAAAGGUGCCGGUCCAUCAGAGCUAUGAGUUUCCCACCUUCCCCAGCUCCUCGGGUGUUGGACACUCGUCCUCGUCGCCAAACAGUCUGCAAUUCCCGUAUCUGCGUCAGCACCGUCCGCUCACUCGUGCCCUUUCCAAUGGCAAGGCCAGCUCUUCGGAGGAGCAAGCCUCGCCACGUCUCCUGCUGUCACCGAAGCGGCCGCGGAGUCCUCCCUCGGGCUGCUCCACGCGCAGCGCCUCGCCCCUGGAUCUCAGCCUGAGUCCGGAGCAGCACUCGCCCACCAGGGGCAGGGGAGUGGGUGGCGCACUUCAGGAUGCCGUGGCACCAGGAACGCCAACCUUCCACGGCCAGCGACCGCAGCAGCGUCUGCUGAAGCGUGUGGGCGGAGGAGCCGGAGCUGGUACCGCAGGGGGAGCCACUGGAUCGCCCCUGGUAUGUCCGCCCACGCCCACUCACCAUGCCCGACGGCAUGCCCGCCUCCAAGCCGUCACUGCCAACUCUAGCCUCGCCAGCGGCGGAGGGAUCCCAGUCCCAUCGGAUCCCCCAGCCGUUACUAGUCAUUUGGAUUACGUCUACCUGCAGGAUGGUGGCCAGGAACAGGGUCAGGAGCCGCCUGACGAAGUGGUGCACAUUAGCAGCACUCGUCUGCCAUCCAUCCCAGAACGAAGUGCAGCAGCAGCUGCGGCGGCGGCGGCAGCAGCAGCUGGAGCAGCUCUAAUGGAACCGGGAUCGGGCACGGUGUCCGGAACAAGCGGAGCUGGAGCCGCGGGAGAGCCACCACUGCCACCGGCUUGGGAGGCGCGCAUGGAUAGCCAUGGACGCAUUUUCUACAUCGACCACACAACGCGGACGACCUCCUGGCAGCGACCAGGAGCGGCGCCCAGUGGUGGACCAGCGGGAAGAGAGCAGCACCAUCGCCAACAGCUGGAUAGGCGGUAUCAGAGCAUCCGCCGCACCAUUACCAAUGAGAGCAGAGCCGCGCAGCUUUAUAACCUGCCUCCAUCGGCCAAUAGCGGCGCCAAUCCCGGUGCUCCGGCUGCUCCUCCCCCCGCCUCGGCCAUCCAUCCCGCUAUUCUGAUGCUCUGCCGUCCGGAUUUCUAUUCCCUGCUGCACACCAACGAAGCUGCGCUGGCCAUCUACAACCGAAACGCGGCGCUGAAGCACAUGGUCAUGCGCAUUCGACGAGAUCCGCAAUGCUUCCAGCGGUACCAGUACAACAAGGAUCUGGUGGCGCUGGUCAACACCUUCGCCCAGAUGAGCAGGGAGCUGCCCUCCUGCUGGGAGACCAAGCUGGAUCAGUCGGGCAAGCAGUUCUUUAUCGACCACCAGCACCGUCGCACCUCGUUCAUGGAUCCCCGCCUGCCCGUCGAGUGUCCGCGUGUUGUGCGCCAUCGCCAGCAGCAUACGCAGCAACAGCCGGGCGUGGGCUACUACUAUCCGGAUCUCGUGGAUGGGAACUGCCUGUCGGCCACCAGUGGGCAUAUUAACGCCAGUCCCGGCUCCUCGGUGUCCGGAGUGCCGCCCCUACCUCCGCCCAGGCCCUCAUCGUCCUCGUCGUCCUCCGCCAGGAGCAGCCAUGGACAUGGCCACAACUGCACCACCACGGCAGCCAUCGCCUGUGCCCUCAGCAUGGAUCGCUCAGCGGGCGGAGCAGCCGGAAUGGCCGGCGUGGGGGCCACAGCAGCCGGGUACGAGGAUGUGCCCAUUGCCUACAACGAAAAGGUUAUCGCUUUCCUGCGUCAGCCGAACAUCCUGGAGAUCCUGCGAGAGCGCCAGGGCCAGCACACCAUGUCCCGCCCGCUCCGUGAGAAAAUCAAUAUCCUGCGGGUGGAGGGUGUUCCCGCUCUCGAGAGAUUGGGGCAUGACCUACAACUGACCAUUUUGCUGAGCCUGUUUGAGCAGGAGAUCAUGAGCUAUGUUCCUAUCGAAGAGCGCAGUCCGCAGGGAUCGCCGGUCCUGAGUUCCCGAAUGCCGCAGCGGGCGCCGCCUCCGUUCCGCAGGGAUUUCGAGGCCAAGCUGCGCAGCUUCUACCGCAAAUUGGAGUCCAAGGGCUAUGGCCAGGGGCCCCACAAGCUAAAACUGCACAUCCGCCGCAGCCACCUGCUGGAGGACGCCUUCCGCCGCAUCAUGUCUGCCAACAAGAAGGAUCUGCAGCGCGGCCGCCUCGCCGUGCUGUGGGACACGGAGGAGGGCCUGGACUACGGCGGACCCUCGCGCGAGUUCUUCUUCCUGCUCUCCCGCGAAUUGUUCAACCCGUACUACGGCCUGUUCGAGUACUCGGCCAACGACACGUACACGGUGCAGGUGUCGCCGCUGUCGGCAUUCGUGGACAACUGCCACGACUGGUUCCGCUUCAGCGGCCGUGUGCUGGGAUUGGCCCUGGUGCACCAAUACCUGCUGGACGCCUUCUUUACGCGACCCUUCUACAAGGCGCUGCUCCGCCUGCCCGUGGCGCUCAGCGAUCUGGAGUCGCUGGACAACGAGUUCCAUCAGUCGCUGCAGUGGAUACGCGACAAUGACAUCGGCACCGGCGUGGAUCUGGGCCUCACGUUCUGCGUCACCGAGGAGCUGCUCGGCCGUGUGGUGGAGCGCGAACUGAAGCCGGGCGGCAAGAACAUCAUUGUCAACGAGAAGAACAAGAAGGAGUAUCUGGAGCGGAUGAUCAAGUGGCGGCUGGAGCGCGGCGUUCAGGAGCAGACGGAGUCGCUGGUGCGUGGCUUCUACGAAGUGGUCGACUCGCGCCUCGUCUCCGUCUUCGAUGCUCGGGAACUGGAGCUGGUGAUCGCCGGCACCGCUGAGAUAGACACGAACGAUUGGCGGCUGAAUACGGAGUAUCGUUCCGGCUACCAUGACAACCACCAGGUGAUCGUGUGGUUCUGGCAGGUCAUCGAGCGUUUCAGCAACGAGCAGCGUCUGCGACUGCUGCAGUUUGUGACUGGCACCUCGAGCAUUCCCUACGAGGGCUUCUCCGCGCUGCGCGGAUCGACGGGUCCGCGGCGCUUUUGCAUCGAGAAGUGGGGCAAGCCGAAUGCCUUGCCCCGCGCCCACACCUGCUUCAACCGGCUGGACCUGCCGCCCUAUCCCACGCCCGAGCUGCUCUACGAGAAGCUGCUGCUGGCCGUCGAGGAGACCAACACGUUCGGCAUCGAGUAGGCACGUGAUAUUGCACCUCAGCCUCACGUUGUAGCACCCAAAAAAACACACCCGAAACGCUUUAUUUCCAUUUUAGAAGUUUUUUAUAACUUACCUAAGUCUAGGAAUUCGGGGUGAUGCAGAAAUUCCUGAAAAGGUUUAAGUUUUCAUUCCCUUGCAAUCAAAGGAAUUGAAAUUUUCAAAGGCAACUUGCAAUUUUAAAAAUAUUUACACUUUAAAAGAUUAUUUGGUUUCAAAUGUUAAUCCUUAAAUUUACUUCAAGUUGUAUAAAGAGUUAGAUAAUGAAAUGUAUUCAUAAUCUUUAUUAGUUUAACAUUUUUUAAAGGCAUCUUGUAUUUGAAAUAUUGAUAUUUGCUAAAAUAUUUGGUUUCAAAUGCUGAUCCCUAAAUUUACUACUAGUUAUAUAAAGAGUUAGGUAAAUCAAAUUUAUUUCAUAACAUUUUGUGAAAAGUAAGUUGGUACUUUAAAGUUGUUGAAUUUUUUAAAGGCAAUUUGCAACAUUUGAAAUAAUUAUACUUGCUAAUAUGUAAAUGCAAUUUAUUUCAUAAUCUUUUGUGAAAAGUUUGCUGGUACUUUAUAAUUGUUAGCUAUUUCUAGACGCCUAAAUAAUACAUAUAUAAAUUUCAUAGGACUUCUGCAACACCCCCGGAUUGUACUGUAGUUAUUUAUAUACGUAGGAUACCCGUCCCCCUCAAAAAAGAAAGACAAAAAGUGAAAAGCCUAGCCAUAGAAAGACUAGCUACUUUAGGCAUGUCACCCCACUAGUUCGUAGACAAUUUGCCUUCGCCUUCGUUUGCCGUUCAUUGAAUGGAAGUUACCUCAAGAGCAAAACGGCUUGCCAGCGCCGCCAGUCAUUAGUCCUAAGAUCUACACGUACACCCCGUAUAACCCGUAAGCCUAAGGAUCCUUCGCUUGACUCUGCCCGACUUACAAUCGAAAUUGAAACGAUGCCAACUGCCUCUAGAGAAAUUUUCAAAACGUAACCGCUGCUCCUCCAGAUUCAGAUUCAGAUACGGAUACGGUUACGGUUUAACAGGCGCCAAAGAUUGAGAGCAGAGCAACUCUACUACGCCAAUACUUAACUAGCUUAUAAUGUUGUCUUAGCCUUAACUCGAAUUCCAACUCAAAUUUGAACACUCCCUAGAUGUGUGCAUUCCAAAAUAAGCGUAUUGUGGAUGUCAGUUAUUAUAUAGCAUAUAUAUAUAUAUAUAUUAAUCCCUCUCUCCUUCAACCCAAAAAGUACGUAAAUUGUUUUUUAAUUUAUGUACGAACCCUUUAACUAUCCGUGCGGAAGCUUCCCUGUGCAUCCUCGCCUGCCACUUGACCAAAUCUCUGGCCAGGACAGACUGCACAUGGCAGCUCCCGGCGGGUUAAUAUGGUAUAUUAUAUAUACAACAAUUGGCUGCUGUUUUGCCAACGAUUACAAAUUGGUCCAGUGCGUUGCUUCGGCUUUAUUGGUUCUUUCGGCGCAUAAAUUAAUAUGGAUUUAUAUAUUUAACGAAAUCAUACAAAAUUCAAAAACGUAGCUAAUUGAAAAAACGAAAGCAAACAAAAAACAUUUUUUAUUAUUAUUAGUAUUAAUCAAAAGCGAGAACGAAACGAAAAGAUAACUAAAUGGUGAUUUGUUUACAUGUAUUUUUGGCAUUAGUUAAUACGGAAAGCGAAAGAGACGGAGAGCCAGAGACGGAGAGAGACAGAGCGAUAGACAUGGAGUCAGUGAAAGAGACAGAGAUAGAAAGAUAUAAAACGCUUUUUGAACUACUUAUUGAUAAAUGAAUUGUUUUAAUAAAA